CUAAAGCCGUUUUAUUGUACCACUGCCUAAGAAAUCUUUAGGUCUGGUUAGAAACACAGACACAGGCCGACAAAGUUUUGAGGUUUUCUUUAGAUCUGUACGGGUUACUCUAGUCUAAGCUUGAGAAAAUGGAAACCUUUCUAUUCACAUCCGAGUCAGUGAACGAGGGCCACCCCGACAAACUAUGCGACCAGAUCUCUGACGCGGUGCUCGAUGCCUGCCUUGAGCAGGACCCAGACAGCAAGGUUGCUUGCGAGACAUGUACAAAGACCAACAUGGUCAUGGUCUUCGGAGAGAACACCACCAAGGGCAAGAUAGACUACGAAAAGAUUGUUCGUCACACAUGCCGUAACAUUGGAUUUGUUUCUGAUGAUGUUGGUCUUGAUGCUGACAAGUGCAAAGUCUUGGUGAACAUUGAGCAGCAGAGCCCUGAUAUUGCCCAGGGUGUCCACGGUCACUUUACCAAGCGGCCAGAGGAGAUUGGUGCUGGUGACCAGGGCCAUAUGUUUGGUUAUGCCACCGAUGAGACCCCUGAGUAUAUGCCUUUGAGCCAUGUACUUGCCACCAAGCUCGGGGCUCGCCUCACUGAAGUUAGGAAGAAUGGCACCUGCCCUUGGCUAAGACCUGAUGGCAAGACUCAGGUUACUGUUGAAUACUACAAUGACAACGGUGCAAUGGUCCCUGUCCGUGUCCACACUGUUCUCAUCUCCACUCAACAUGAUGAGACUGUCACAAAUGAUGAAAUUGCUGCUGAUCUAAAGGAGCAUGUCAUUAAGCCUGUCAUCCCUGAGAAGUACCUUGAUGAGAAAACUAUCUUCCACCUAAACCCAUCUGGCCGUUUUGUUAUUGGUGGCCCUCAUGGUGAUGCAGGUCUCACUGGUCGCAAGAUCAUUAUUGACACCUACGGUGGCUGGGGAGCCCAUGGUGGUGGUGCUUUCUCAGGGAAGGACCCAACUAAGGUGGAUAGGAGUGGUGCUUACAUUGUUAGGCAAGCUGCCAAGAGCAUCGUAGCAAAUGGUCUUGCUCGGAGGUGCAUUGUGCAGGUCUCCUAUGCUAUUGGUGUACCCGAGCCUUUGUCUGUCUUUGUGGACUCCUAUGGCACCGGAAAAAUUCCUGACAAGGAGAUCCUUAAGAUUGUGAAGGAGAACUUUGACUUUAGGCCUGGAAUGAUGACCGUCAACCUGGAUCUCAAGAGGGGUGGCAAUAGGUUCUUGAAGACAGCCGCAUACGGACAUUUUGGAAGGGAUGACCCAGACUUCACCUGGGAGGUUGUCAAGCCUCUCAAAUGGGAGAAGCCCCAAGCUUGAGUGAUUUAUCAUAUCCCUUUAGUUUGAUGCCUGUUUUAUUGGUCCUUGAUGAAUAAUUUGACUUGUUUUCUAGCUGUUGGUCUAUAAUCAAUAGCUAUCUGCCAUGGUCAACACUUCGAUACCUUCCCUAUUCAUCCUCCUUUCUUUUACUAUUUGGGUCUUUUUUUUUCCGUCUUUUUUUUUUCCCAGUGUCGGCGGUGUGAAAAAGUGUCAUAAUUUUGGUUGAAAUGACGGCAAUGGAAGUAACAAAUGCCUGUUGAGCUUGCACGAGGUAGCUGUAGACAGCAGCAAAAAUGUAGUCAUGUGUUCUUGGACGAAACAAACUGUUGUACUCUC